UCCUAAGUUUUUGUUUUCUCAUUAAUUCAAGGUUAAGUUGUUUGAAAGCAAAAGUCAAAUUUCAGGUUUUAAAGAGUGAAUUCAAUUUCUUGCAACCAUGGGAAAUGCUGGAGGGGCCCAAAGGGAACGACAUAAGUCUUCAGGGGAGACAGUCCCGUCUUCUCCAGUUAAAGAAGGACAAGCAUUCGUUUUUGACAAGAAAGCAAAUAAGUUGGUCUUACAACAUUCACAGGAUGACGAGGAACAGUUCUACACAAAACCACCCAAUCUUUCAUUUGAGAAGAAAAGACAAAGAUCAAACACUGUAUCUGAAGGAACUCCUAUAGAAACCAGUACAGAAGGCGAUAGGGCUCCAACAGUAUUUAGAUGGGAAGGUGGUGGUAAAGAUGUCUUUAUUAGCGGAACAUUUUCUGAAUGGAAAACAAUUCCUAUGGUAAAAUCUCAGCGUGAUUUUGUUACAAUAAUUGACCUACCCGAAGGAGAACAUCAAUAUAAAUUCUAUGUUGACGGAGAAUGGAAAAAUGACCCAGGACAUAAAACUGUUGAGGACCCUUCAGGAAUCAGGAAUAAUUUAAUAUCAGUUAAAAAAUCAGAUUUUGAAGUUUUUCAGGCGUUAGAUAAAGACCAAGAGAGUUGUGCCAAUGAUGCCCAGAAGGAGUUUUCCCAGGAAAUCCCUCUAAACAAACCUUGGGAAAAAUCUAGCGGACCUCCUGUUCUACCACCUCAUCUCUUACAAGUUAUAUUGAAUAAGGACACACCCUUAUCGUGUGAACCUACUUUAUUACCAGAGCCGAAUCAUGUGAUGUUGAACCACCUUUAUGCUCUCUCAAUCAAAGAUGGAGUAAUGGUAUUAAGUGCCACCCAUAGGUAUCGCAAGAAAUAUGUAACCACGCUUUUAUAUAAACCGAUUUGAUUUUGUAAAUAUGUGUAUGUAAUGCUUUUAAAAAUUAAUAUGUAGAAUUGUACUAUAUUUGAAAGUUAAAAAUUUUUUGUUGGCUUUAUUUGUGUUCAAGGAAAUUUAUUCUAGGUAUUGUUAUCAAUUUAGUCUGUGAAAAUAUUUGAAGUAUUUUUAUCACUAUUGUUAUAUAUGAAAUAAAGUGCUGAUUUGAA